AUGCCAAAAGUCACAACCAGGCCGCGGGCGAGGAUUCGCGCAACCACCCGGAAGACCGAGAGUCACAGUGGUGUUUCCGACACAGGAUCCAUCCAAACAAAGGAGCCCGUCGCGCGGCCUCCCCAGCAGCCUCUGCGCUCCCUUAGACGUCCAUACAUGCGGCCACAGAUAUCCGGUUCUGGUUCGCGAGACGUUCCUUCUGCCAGCUCAUCGGAGAACCACGGGGCCUGUUUGGCUACGGUCGAAACGUUGGAGCGGGAAAAUGAAGCAUUGAGAAGGGACAAGAAGACACUGUCGGAGCGCCUUGAAAGCGCUGAAAGUGGCAUGCAGGAAUUGAUGAACAACCAGCAUCGGUGCAGACAAGGGUUCUCUGAGCGGCAGGCGACUCAACAACUGGUGGAUGAAAUGCAGCAUACCGUUGCAGGUUGGCACCAGCGGCUUCGGAGCCCGGCUGGUUUACCAGAACGUGUGGAUCCAGCCGCCUGGACUACUGGCCUACCGGCAACGACAGCGGUACCGGACAUGUGGCCUACUCAGGAGGAUGAAAGGGGUGCAUUUGGCGAUGAUCAUGAUGUGGUACCCGACUCUGGUCACUUCGCGCAGCUUUUCCAGUUACAUCAGCUACUGGAGAUCAUAUUGAUCGGCCAUCAGAUUGCGCUAGCUUGGCGGAGAACCAUGGCCCUGGGGACGACCCACGUGCGGCUUCAGAAUGUCAAGAACAAAAACAGGGGGAUAAAGGAAAGGAAAACCCAUAUUCGCUGCAAGACACCUUGGAAGAGAGUUAGCGACAGUGAAAACCGCCAAGAAGACGAGAACUGGUUCUUCUGCACAUGCCUCAAAAUCUUCAACAAUCUUCCUGCCGUGUCGGUCGACGUGUCCGAUGAUCUAAACACGCAGCACGAAUUCGAGCCCGAAAUCAGCCCAAUGGGAAGCUGA